AUGCAAGGUCAUCCAGGCUAUCCAGGUCAUCCGGGUCAGCGAGGUCAUCCCCAGCAUGGGGUUUAUCCACCUCAACGCCCAUAUCAUGUCCCACCGCCACGAUACCAUGCUCAAGCUCCCCCUGGUCCUCCACUUCCCAUGCUACAGCCAACAGUAAAUCCAACGCUUCACAUAGCCGCUUCAGCACCAUUCGCACCUACACCUUCUCUCAUGCCAGGACCGUUCAUCCUUCUUUUUCUAUUACCUGCCAUCCCAUUACUGCUUUUUUCGGUAGGAGCCAGACCACCUGAUACGUCUCAUUUACCGUUUUCUACUUCGGACGCAUUCGCCACUGGGGCUUUUGUCACGAUCGCUGGAGUAGUUGUACUCUGCCUAGGAGUAUACCCAGAAGCCGGAGGUGCAGUUUGGACUUGGAUAAGGGAAGGGGGUAAAGUGAAUUUGAGUCUGGAAGGAAUUUGGCCUUGGACAGGUGAAGGAAACGAAAUUAAUCUAGCGCACGCAGCGAGCGGUACACGAAAUUCCAGAUAUGGAAGAAAUCCAGAUUGGGAAUGGCAUUAUGAUGGCGGCAAUAGAAAAUGGAUCAAAGUGCCUUUCACCAGACCUGGUGUAGACACGAAUUUCAGUCUAAAAGGUGUACACUCGCUAGCUUCUCGACAUCUGACAGCUCUCCGAGAAGUUUACUCUAGUAUGUACACUGAAUACAAACCUAAACUUAUCCCUUCGUUGCUCGUGAUUUCACUCAUUAUAUUCAUUCUCGUACUUCUGUUUGGGGCCAUACUGGGUAACGCAUACGAUAACGAAUCGAAACCGGCUUCCUCAGUCAAUCAGAGAUCUUCUGAUCCUGCCUCUUCGAAGAAACUACCAAGCUGGGUAGAACGUGAAGUGCGUAAAAGGAAAGAAGAAAAACCAGAGAUGACUAUCAAGAGGAUCAAAGCGGAAGGAAAGAAAGAAAUCGAUGGCGCAAAGAAAAAAGGCUCAAGUGAAUAUAAGAAAUUCGUUGCUAAACGUGAAUCUGAAAAGGAAAUCUUGAAGAAAGAAUUGCAAAAGAGGAAAUUACCUUUGAUUGGUUUAGAGGAUAAGCAGUCAAGCAAAGAGAAAAAGGAUAAAAAUCACAAGAAGAAGAAAGAAGAAGAAGAUGACGGAGAAGAAGAAGAAGGCAAAAGUAAAAGAAAGAAUAAAAGCACAAGUGAGAAAGUUAAGAAACUGUUACUUGGUGAGAAAUCGAAUGACGAAUCGAAGGAAAAAGAACAGAAUGUGGUCACUGCUGGACCAGGAUGGGAAAUUGCUGAUCCAUCUUUGGCACAAAACACUUUAGCAAGAAGCGGACAGAACGCACAACACAUGGCUGAAAAGCUGAAAAAAGGAGGAUAA